GCAAAGAAAAGAUCCGACCACGCCGCCGGUCAACCCCAUCUCUCCUUUAAUUUUUUUUUAUUUCUCCUUUAAAGUCCCCGCGCCGCAGCGGAAGCCAUCCAUCCCCGGCUCUCACCUCAAAUCCCAGCCACGGUGAUGACGACGACCAUGAUGAGGCUGAGGCAGCACCUGGCCUCCUCCCCUAUUUAUACCUCCGCCAUCGCCAGGAUCGGCAACAGCAGAGCCCCCCACCGCCUACUCCCCGUCGCACCACCGCAAAAGCACCGCCCGACAAGUACCACCAACAAGCCCCUGCUCCUGAUUCUUCUGCUACUCUGCUUCUUCUUCCUCUUCUUGAUCCCGACCGUCUUGUUGCCCCCAGCGCGAGUCAUGUCGUCGUCUUCCUCCGCUUCGGAUGCCGCUGCCGCCGCCGUGCCGUUCGAGAAGCCCAGGGCCGUGGUCAAGAAGCUCCUCGCCGAGUCGCAGCCCGAGGGGCAGGGCGCCACCGUCCGGAGGAGCAUCGGCAGGCAUGAGCUCAGGAACCUGGACCCCUUCCUCAUGCUCGACGAGUUCUCAGUCUCCAAGCCCGCCGGGUUCCCCGACCAUCCCCACAGAGGAUUCGAGACCGUCACCUACAUGCUCGAGGUGCGUGUACUCUACUCAAGUAAAUCUUGUGUUACCUGCCUCUGUCCUUCUGCCCCCCGCGAGCUGUUCGCUCAAAUGUCUCCUUCUUGUGCUGGGUUGGAAUUGCAGGGAGCCUUCACCCACCAGGACUUUGCGGGCCACAAGGGCACCAUCAGGGCAGGGGAUGUCCAGUGGAUGACUGCCGGCCGGGGCAUCGUGCACUCGGAGAUGCCGGCGGGGGACGGGGUGCAGAAGGGCCUGCAGCUCUGGAUCAACCUCUCCUCCAAGGACAAGAUGAUCGAGCCCCGGUACCAGGAGCUCCAGAGCAAGGACAUCAGCCGCGCCGAGAAGGACGGCGUCGAGGUCCGGAUCAUCGCCGGCGAGGCCUUCGGCGUGCGCUCCCCGGUCUACACGCGCACCCCGACCAUGUACAUGGACUUCACCAUGCGCCCGGGCUCCCAGCUCCACCAGCCCGUCCCGGAGGGCUGGAACGCCUUCGUCUACAUCAUUGACGGCGAGGGCGUCUUCGGUCGGGAGAAGUCGGCACCCGUGUCGGCGCACCACUGCAUUGUCCUGGGCGACGGCGACGGGAUCAGCGUCUGGAACAAGUCCGGCGCGCCGCUGCGGUUCGCGCUGGUGGCCGGGCAGCCGCUGGGCGAGCCGGUGGUGCAGCACGGGCCGUUCGUCAUGAACUCCCGCGCCGAGAUCCAGCAGGCCAUGGAGGACUACUACUACGGCAAGAACGGGUUCGAGAGGGCCAGCCAGUGGAGCUCCUCCGCCUGAUCAUCGAUCACCCGCUUCUGAAUUCUGAUGCAUGCAUUUUCUUGAGAAAUUGACAUGGAAAAAAAGGAAAUUGCUGUCCUGCAUACCUGGAUGGGAAAAGACUAAAGAGUAGUAGACCAUUAGUAGAUACUCUGAUCUUGAUUAUGAUUUUUAAAUUUUUUUAAUGAUUGUAUUGUAGAAGCAUGUGCUUGUCAUUUGUAUGGUGAUUUGUAAUAAGCAGGAUGGCAAAUUCCACUGUUCAUCAUAGUCAAGGUACGCAAUCCAAGUCAACAUCACCGGUCGUGCUCCAAGUUUCGAA